GCGUAGUAGAAGCAUCUUGUCCACACCGUUGCGGGCCAAGAUCCACCACGAUGGAUGCCAUGACGUUUACGGAUCGGUUCCUCGUCGCGAAGGUCAAAUGGAGCGGCAAAACUGAACGCAUCCUCGGAUUUCGCCCGUACACGUUUGCCACAAUGCACCCUAAGUCGGGUGAGAUCACCAACGAGUGGUCGUACGAAGCGAUCACCUCUCUCGACAUUUCGCUCGAGGACAAUUCGGAAUUCACGAUCAACAUGUUUGGCUUGAAAAAAAAAGUGAGUUUGAAGUUGCGUCAUCGUUAUCGUGCCGAGGUAUUGCAAGCUCUGUCGCGUGUGCGAGCGGCAUUUGCCAUCGAGCGCCGCAUGAAGAACGCCAGCAUCCUCGCAAAGCUCACGUCGUUCGAUGCACACGUUGAAACGUUCACUCUGCACCAAGAGAAUGACCACCAGGUCGAGACGGAAGCCGCAGCGACAGUGCAAUGCACACUCGUUGACUGCGUCCUCCAAGUCGGCGUCGACGCUGUGUACCAGCUCGGAGGCACGAGCGGUCGAUUCCCAUACUUUGAGCUGACGAAGCUCCAGGCCGUGGAGCUUGCCAACGACGACCCGACUCUCCUCGUCUUGCGCAUGGCGGACCUGUCGCAUCUAUUCCACGUGCCGAGUCCCAACGACGUCGUCCGGGCAAUCUCUGAAGCAGCCUUGGCCCACGAUAUCGUCGUGUCUACUUCGCGAGACAAGCCGGCGGUCGAGCUACAAGCGCAGCACGUCCACUUCACACCGUUCGACUUGGACACCGUCUUGGUCUCAUAUGAUGCCCAAUUUCCCGACCUCUCCCAGGAAAACGUUGUCGACAACGGGUCGUUGGUGCUCACAGACUCGUGGCUCCUGGAGCGCGACCAUUCCCGCCUCAUCACGUUUGCACAACCAUUGACGAGCCUCUACGAGAUUGUCCGAAACGAAGGCGCGAGCGACGAAUUCGACGUCGAGUUCGGUAGCGGCUUGCGACGUACGUACUACUCGGUGCACCGGGACGCGAUCAUCGCCCACCUAUUGGACGCGUGCAAGUCGCGUGGCACGCUUGUCCGAUUAAACAAAACCCGCACGGCGAGCGGCAGUCGACUCUUUCUACGGCGCAUGCUUAUGAAGACGUCGAUUCCGGCCGAAGUGUUGUGGUAUCAAGUCAAUUGGCUCCAUCGGCUUGUCGGGGGCGACAAGCCUGAUACGGACAGCGCCGUGGCCCUGAAAACGCCGUCGCUGUUGCAACACCUGCGGGUCAAAAAGAAACCAACCGAGUCCAAGGCCAUCACGACGUCGCACCUCGACAUGGUGCUAGACUUCAACUCGAACGUCCCGCUCUGUGGCCUCUCGUCCAAGAUCAAGGACAACGUCGCCCAAGCCACGAGUUUGCUCAUCACCGACGUACCAAACAUGGUGUUGCUACGCCAGCCCGACAGCCCCAUGGACGCCGUCGCGGCGUAUUUCCAGUGCCUGUAUCGUCUUGUAGCGAGUCCUGUCAGCGCCAAACAAGCGCUCGAGCACUUUGCCCGUUCCGAAUACAUGGACGCCAUGGCCGACAUCCUGAAACGCAACGAGUUCCAAUCAAUUUACGCGGUGUUGCAGCUCUUGACGAGGUUGUUGCACGGCCCCGACCGGCUUCAAAGCCGCAAAGUCUUUUUGUCGCACAACGGCUUCUUCACAGCGCUCCUGGCUCUGUUUCAAAUCCACCACAACAACCCAAUUGUGCUGGGACAGGUCUGUCAUGUCCUGGAAGCGCUGCUGUCCUUGAACGUCAAAUCUGGGGUCGACCCACUCUUCAACAUUUUGCUCAACCACCUCUCGAUGCAUUACUCGAUGCUCGUGCGCACACUGUGCCACUUUGCACCGACUGCAACAGUCGAAGCGUGUGUUUGUAUCAUGCACCACAUGAUCCACACGACCGUGUUGAGCUUUUCCAAGACACAUGACGCCACGUGCCAUCAGUGGAAUACAUCUCACGCGGCGGUUGGCCACUCGACUGCGCGGACGUUCUGGAUGGAAAGCCCCGAACGUAUGAUCAAGCAGUACCAUAGCUUUCUCAUGGCGCACAACCCGGCCGACGAUUUGCGCCACCAAACCAAUGCGGUCGCAUUGCGCCUGCGGUACCGUUACCGUGCGCAUUUUUUGCAGCACUGGAUGCACCUCGUUCAAGGGAACUUUGACGUGGCCAUUGAGUGCCUUGGCUUGGAUGCGGUCAAGCACGAAGGAUCCAAGAUGACCCAGCAGCACGGCCAGAUCAAGAGCGCGAUUUAUGUCGUUCCCAGUGGGCUCGUUGUGACGACGCCGUCCGGAAGCAAGUCGACAUACGAUUUUUCCCAUUUCGACGACGCGCUGGUUGGUUUUAUGGCCGAAGAUCCAUGCGGACUCGUCGUCUCCAUCAACGACCGCCACCGCGUUGUCUACUCCUACGAACGCGGCGAAAUCUUCGAUCGCAUGCAAUCGUUGGCUGGCCAGUUGGGCAUUCAGCUGGACAUGGCGGGUCUGUAUCAAAACAACGAAAUCCACACGACCAAGCCGACCGUGAAAGAGUUGGGCUUGGUCUUGCACGCCACGUUCGCAUUAAAACGCGUGGACCCCCGUGAUAGCAACGUUCAGAAACCCAAACUCCUUGCGUUGACGUCGUCGUAUGUCGUGGAAUGCGACGAAAACCGCACAAACGUGCGGCUGUGGUCGUUCGAUCAAGUGCAUCAGAUCACGCGCCUGCAACAUCACGACGAACGAUUUGAACUCGUGCUUGCGAAUGGCAAGUCGCUCUGGUACGACUCGGUCGAGCGCGACGUCAUGUUGGCGACGCUCUUGGACGCAUGUAUGCAUGUCAAGACCGACGCCACAAUCGCGAACGGAGCCAUGUGCAUUGGCAUGCACAUUGCGCCAACCGCGCUCAUCAUGCCGCUGUUGCCUCGAUGCAUCCUGCGCACGCUGGACGAGCGCGAGUUUUACUUUGGCCAGGGCGGGAUGGGCAUGUACUACUUGAGCAAGAUUUCGCAUUCCCGCGACACGUUUGUCGACGCGAUUGAAGAGUUCAAUUCGAAUUGCAACGUAAGCCGAGACACCCCACUGCAUUUCACGAGCGACCCGGCGUGGAUGCCCCAGUUGUGCAAAGAAAUGUCGGACACACUCAUGAUGGCGUGCAAAACCCGCGACAUGCGAUCGAUAGUUGCAAUCUUGCAAGCGUUUUGCUGGCUGCAACACGCCCACUUGAAUUUGCUCGACAUGCCUGGCUGUGGCCUCCUCGAAAUUCUCUUGGCUGUGCACACGACCGACAACGAAGCUGCAAUUUUCUGGGCCAUCACGCUGUUGCACGCCUUGUCCGAGGACGCGACGGGGUCUCCUGCUGGCAAGGCCCAGGAAGUCGCGAACAAGCAACGUAUUUUCAUGAACUCGCGGCUGGUUCAACAUCUUCUAGCUGCAUUCGACGACUCGAUGCAGCGCCCGUUGACCCUUCUUGCUGUUGCCGCGCUUUUCGAUUCCAUCUUUUGCACGUCACGCCACUCAACCAACAACGUCCACUUCGCCGAUCUUGUCGUCGCGUUCGGCAAGAUCUAUCCGCGCGUGCUUAGUAUUUUGUACCACCGCCGUCCCGUCCCUGGCACGUUCGAGUCAUGCGUGAUGAUCAUGAAAACGGUCGUUGAGAACAGUGACGUUCCUGUUCGGAUGGCAAUUUGCAACAUGGCGCUCGACGGCGGCCUCACGCUGCGCCAUUUUUACAAAGCCAUCUUUGCGACUACGCCAGAUCAACGGUUUGUGCAUCAGUUCAUUGCAUCUAUCUGGAUGACAGGCCACGCGCCGUCGUUUGCGUUGCUCCAGCGCAUCUUACCGAGUGGGUUCUUGCGCAUCCUGUCCCAUCCGUCGACGAAAAAGAUGAUGAUGGACAUGUACGGCGAUGGAUUCCGUAUGCUCGGCAUCGAGUCUGUCCGCGAGAGAUCUUCCAUAUACUCGCGGUCGUCGAUUCAAUUCGACGACGAAAUCGAGCCCGAAGAUAGGCCGUGUGAAGCAGACGACAUGGCUGCCACCGACGAUCUGUUGAGCGAGCGGUUGUACUACCGGUUUGAACGAUACCCCACGGCGACAGAGCUCGACAUCCACGCGCGCAACCGCAAGACCGGCAACUACACAUCCGAGACGUGUCGGGAUAUUCAUUUGUUGGCCCAUUUACUCCUGCAUUCGUUUGCGCUACCUGACUUGAUUUGGAACCCAACCACGUCCAAGGAACUCAAGUAUGCGCUGGAAGAAGCACUGGUCGACCACGAAGAUAUGGUCCCGCCGAAACAGUACUUCACUUCGAUGGCGUUUGCGUGGAAUCAUUGCUCGUUCCGUGUGCAAUAUGCGAGUCUGAACAAGGAAAUCCGAGUCGGCCCGUUCUACUUGCGUAUUCUUAUGGACAACGUACACGACGGGUUGGUGCUCGUGGAGCCCCAAGGUGGUGGCCUCGGACGCAAGCAAGACUUUGUCGACUUGAACUUGGAUUCUCGCAAGAGCAUGACGUUGCGCGUGAACCACUCGAUCGUGGAAAUCGCCACCCAUCCCCAGCGCUUCUUUGACCAGUGCUUUCAACGGUGGCUGCAGGAGCUCCCGUUUUCCAGCAACCCAGCGCCGAAUCCAGCGUUUCCCCGAGGACAGGAUUCAGGCUCUGUCGUUCCGCAGCACGACAACGCUGAAAUCUGGUGUCUGCAAUUAAUGGUCGCCACGUACAAGGCGUACUCGAUUGGGAGCGUCGAGUUGGAGAAGGUGGCGUACGUGGUCCGCAUGCUACGAGGCGAGACGCGUGCUCCCAUCAUCGAGGAGCUCUUGUCGUGGCUGAGCACGGUCGCGUCGGACAAAACGACGUCUUUGGCGCUGCUAACCAAGCACAACAUGGAGUUGUUCCUCGACAUGUCGACGUUGGUCCAUGAGCACACGCCGUUGCAGUCGACGAUGAGCAACGUCAUGUCGAAGAAGCUGCGAUCGAUGAAGAGCCUCAAGCAACUCCAGCUCGUCGAACAGGCUGCGACCGCCCACAAUCGGUCGCCCAAGCCAUUUUCGUACUUUAACUUUUUCAAACGCGACGCAGGGGACGAUCUCGACGUGGGAGAGACUAACAUUGACACGAUCGACGACAACUUUCAAGGCGAAGUGUACUGGUACAUCAUGACCGACAACGACCUGAACAGCGUGUCGGGGCCGCAUCCUGAAAGCAUUCUUCUCGCGAUUUGCACGUCCAAAGGCACAGACUGGUCCCACAUGCUCCUGUCCAUGUACAACGAUCGCAUGCCGGACGAGCGAGAGUGGCGGCCCCUCCUUCGCGUGCCUCGCGUACGAUGGCGUCUGUUUGUUCAGUCUCCGCUCCACGUCAACGUGUGCAUUUACACAACGUCCUUGGUUCGAUCGCUCGUCGAAGCUGAAAUGGAUCGAACCCCGACGGGCCUUCAGUUGAUGCCGGUGCCAGCGGGGAAACGAUACCUGAGCGAUCCAUUUUCGUUGGCGUGCGUCGUCCAGCUGCUGUUGUGCCAAGAGCCUGCCAUCGUUGAAAACGCCAUUUCCAUCUUGCAUCGACUCGUCGUUCACAACGAAGCUACGGCGACCAACUUGUAUCGGUGCGGCGCGAUCUGGUUCAUGUUUGCGAGCGCCAGCCGUGUGUCGUUUUACGAGCAUGCUGUGGUGCUCGAGCUGACGCAUCGUCGCCAGGCAGGACACCACUCGAAAAGUGUCUUGGACGGGUUGUUGCCCCAAGCGCUCGUUCGAAUCUUGGAUUUGGAUGGACCGACGAGCUUUGCGGACGUGUUUGCGUUCCAAGCAGACGACCAUCGAGUGCUAUGGACGGAAUCGAUGCGCGACCAUCUCCAAGACAUGUUGCACGAGCAUUUGGCCCCGUUUGUGUGUCGGUUGCAUCAAGACAGCACAGCCACGUUUGAGUACUCGCCGAUGCCGCCAGUCAUCUACAUGCAACUCCAAGACGACAUUUACGUGUACAACAUGCACUUGUCUCGGCUGUUUGCCGACGAUAAAGAUGACGAAGGCCAUGUGCCAACCAACCCGUCGUCGCGAGCGUCGACGCAUCCCGUCGACAACUUCGAUGAAGACGACGAUGGCGCCAUGUCCGACUAUGACGACGACAGUCCAGCAUCGGACACGUGCCAUCGCGGCGCGGCAUCGGGGCGCGUCAUCGACACGAUUGACGAUCCGCUCGCGUUCAUGCGUGCUGUUCACAGCACGUGGCGCCAGGAAAUCGCCACAGCCGAAGGCCGAAUGUCCAAGGCGAAAGCGCGCCAGAUCUUGCAAUUGGAUGCGUCCGAGCUCGACUUUGAAAUAGACGGGGCGUUCCUUCGGUCUCGUUUCCGCGCCGUCUGUCUUAGUGACGGGAUCGACAUUGCCGAGCUCAACGAAGCGUUUGUCGUGCUCAGUUGCGUUUCGGACAGCACAUGCGAGCUGGACAAACUGCCGCACAAAACGUUGUCGCUGCUGCUGCGGACGCAAUUGCUGUUUUACGACACAUUUCCAUCGUCGUUUCAAUCGAUUCCGUACGACGCGUAUGAUUUGCUGCUCAAACUGUUGGCGCAGUUUGACUUUCGUCUCGACAUGGAAAAUCCCGAAUACUCGCUCGAGCAUGACACGCACGCGAUGGAGCUUCUGUCGCUCUCGAUGGAGCUGCUCUUGGCGACCAUGAUUUCGUCCCCAUGGAACGUCGAGCAGAUGCUUCGCGCGCAAGGGCUGAGCACGAUCAUCAAGAUUACGGAUUUAUGUCGUCGAUCCCAGACCGGGUGGGUAUCCGAGUCGGACUCGACAUUCGACUACAUUGGCGGAUUGAGUGUCCGUGUGCUCCUGGCAGUGGCCAACACGGACGUCGGUCGAGACGAAUUGGCCUUUGAACAUGAAAACCCUGCCAAGAAGGACUCGAUUCGACCUGUCAUCACGAUCGUGAGCGAAUUAAUCCACCAAGACGUGAGCGACGUCAACAUCAACAUGAUCAUCUUGGCGUUGGACAUACUCAGCCUCAUGGGGCGCCAAGAAGCCGCGCAAACGACCAUUCUGGACUCGACGAUGGUGUUUUGGCACGCCCUGCAGCUCAUCGUGGUUCACGGCGCCCAGAUGUCCAAGCAGCAGCUCGUCUGUGCGGCACUGCGUUGCGUGCGCGUGUUGGCAGGCUACGACGACGACACCAAGCCACGUGUGGUUGUGCAAACUGCGCUCACCAAACUCAUUCCCAUGUGGACGCCGACCAUGAUGCAGUCGGAACCGAUGGACGUUCUCAUUUCAAGUGUCUUCCAGGACUUGUACGUGCCGCAAUUCAUCUGGUUCGACGACAUGCGCCGCGAAGUCCAAGCGUACUUGGACACGCUGCUCGAGUUUCAAGUUCCGACGGUAUCGUUCGACGCCGUGGCGAGUCAGUUCUCGUUCGACGCGCUGGAGGGCGAGCCUGUCGUCGGCGGUAUUUUCCUGCGUGUGUACAAACAAGGACCGGUGCGCACGCUGCCGCCUGCAGUUGCCGUCGAAUUCUGCGAGUUGCUGCUUGUGUUUUUGUACGAACACGCCUUGCCCGACCGCCCCCGCUAUGACGAGACGCUGCUUGCGUUGGAAUGCUUUGCCUUGCUGACGGAGACGAGCGCGGCCGAUGUCCAGCGCAGUUGCUUGUCCUCGUUCUCUGAGCCGCCCCUCCUCCAUGCGUUGGGGAUGUACAUGACAAUGGGCAUACCCAAGUCGAAUGGCGGAUUCGACGUCGACGCCGUCCAACGCCGAGAUGUGGCCACGACGUGCAUGCAAGCGCUCGCACGGCACUGCGACGCUCCGGUGCUCGCUCCCUUGAGCCCAUUUUGCAAGGACAUGCUUGCGAUGGCGGAACUGCAGGCCGGCGACAACGAAGCCCCCUUGACGUGCCUCGAGGAACUGUGCGCAGCGAGCCCAGACGUUUCAAUGCACAUUUUAACGACGUCGGCGUGGAUCGAAUUGUUUUCGAUGACCAUCCAAGCCAAGCACUACGUAACGGAAGAUCAGCACGUGGCCGCCGAAACCUUGCGAGGACCAGCGGCCGAGGUGUGGUACGAAUUGCUCCAUGGCGCCCCGGAAGUGCAGCAACUUGCUCUCGAACGACUCAAGAUGUUCCUGCCGUAUUCGUUGGUUCACACGCUGAAGGACGACCCGGAAGUGUUUGAAGAAGUGUUUGAGGAAUCGGCGUACGAUGCCGAGCUCAUUUGGAACGACCAGACUCGUGGCGACCUCCGCAUGCAUGUCGACGCCGUCCUGUCCAAGCCAAACCCGACGUUUCCCGACGAUCGGAUGGACUACAGCCAUCUCGACAACGGGCUCGUCGUCGGCGACUUUUACUUGGAUCUGUUUUUGCAAAACCCCGAAGCGACUUCUCUCCGUCAUCCGUGCCACAUUGCGUCACAGCUGGUGGCCGUGUGGCAGCACGAACUGGCCCAACUCAUGCCGCUGGCGUCGCAGUCCAUGAUGAGCGUACCGCUCACGUUGCCCGACCUGGUCGACCGCCACGUUGAAAACGCUGGCCUGGUCAACAAACUCACCAACGCGCUUGUGUUCAUCUAUCGGGAGUACGUGGACGUAAAGGCGACGACAGAGGACACCACAACGCUGUGCAAAGACCUCGUGGGCCUCCUAGCGCAGUGCCAGUCCGAACGUGCGAUCGGGUUUCCCCAAACGUGUGUCCUGCGCCUCAUCCAAGUGUUUGCGACCAACGGCGCGUUCAACCACCCCGACUGCAUUCAGUCGUUGUUUGCCCCGCUGGCGCGAAAGCACCAGGACCCAGCCCUUGUCUUGGACAUCCUGCGCACGAUUUUUGAGGUACGGUCGCCGUCGUCGAGCACGGGAGGUCAUCACUGUGGGGAUGCAUGUCAGAAUCACCUGGCCCAGCCCAAGCGACUGCAGUUGUUCAAUGCGCUGCAGCUUGUACGCGACCUCGACAUGAUGCACGUCUUGAUGAGUUUUGUCGACGGGUCGGCGGACCUGGCCACCCUUCGACGACCUGUCGAAUGCCAGGCCCUCGCUAACGCGAUCCUUCGCAUGCUGCAGCCACUGGAACAAGCAGCAGACCAUGGGGCAGCUCCCCGGGCGACUCCGGCCGCGGCUCCCGUUGGGAUCACGUCACGAAUGAGUCUUCCCAAUCUGCCGACCGCGCCCCACCACCCCAUGGGUCGCUCGUCCUUGGUCGAGUUUUCCAGACCCGGUCGUGCUGCCAUUCCUGUUGUCGUUCCGCCGCAACCAGUGCCCACGUUGCGAUCACGGGGGCGACAAAGCAUGCCAACCAACCAUCCAUACGGCCGCCAACCGUUUGCCCCGCGGUCGCGAAAAACAAUGUCCGAUGUGAGCAUCGACACCCACUCGGUGGAUUCUGUCUUGGCGCCGUUGCCGCCGUCAAAGGUGCAGCCACCUCUGCCUUGGACGGUCGACCCGACGGCGGAGUCGUCGGACAUUUACGGCAGCGAGCCGUUGUCGACCACAACGUCGACAUUCCACCGACGCCAUGGCGGCGAUUCGGAAGACAUCGGGUCCGAGUACGAAGUGGACGACCCGUCCGAAGUCGACUUCGACCUGCACAGCACGUCGGGACGGCAACCAGAGUACGACAUGUAAACGAAAUGCAUCAUCGUUGGUCAAGUGGUCACGUGUUUAAGAAAGCAAUGGCAGCUCCGAUGCGCAACGACCAUCGAUUGCAGCGCGCGCCGUGGUCGCCACUAGUUUUUCCCACGGGCGUCGUGCACCUGUUGAAUCCACUUGCGGAUAUGGGCCUUUUCAACUUCACGCGCUGCCUUGACCCCCGGCGAGUCGAGCGGAUGGGAAAACAUCAAGUCCAAAUGAUGCGCGCCGCCGUCAACCUUGACAGCGACAACCGACUCGGACAUAUCCUCGAGGACGCCCAUGCCGGACCACGGGUCGUAAUUGCCGUUGGAAAACACAAUGUUCGACGUGUCUUUGAGCGCCUUGUGGCCGCCGUACACGGUCGUCGCCCACAGCGGACGCAGCGUCACAUUCCACUGGGCGAGGCACUCCUCCGCCAUCGCCGUGUCGUUGUGCAGGUCGAGCCAAAACAUGUCGUUCACCCCUUGGUCUUGGGGCUGGUACAGCUCGGAGCAAAACAAGUAGUCCCAAUAGUUGGCGUCCACUUGGCUCUCGGCCGACGGCGACGACGUGCUGUAGCACGGCGUGUCGAACGUGCUGUUGUAGUACACGCCGAUACUGGCGCGCAUGGCGUGCAGGAGCGACCGAUUGCCUUCUUUCGUGGCGGGGAAGAGCGGCUCGAGCGGCAAACACGCGGCUCGCACCGGGUACGCUGGCAGUUCACUCACGCCGUUCAUGAUGUACGACGAAGGGUACGGGUAGUUGCCCAUCGCCAAGUACUCGUACGCGCUCUUCAUCCAUCCAGGAAUCGACAGCGCGUCUUCUUCCGUGGCUAGCGGCUCGCACAGCCCGAGAGCAUCGCCCAUAAACUUGCGGCCUUCGGCUGUCUUGGCCGAUUCGAACAGCACAUCCCACGACCGCCGCACGUUGGCGACGCAAUUCGGCACCGAGCCACCGGCAGCCGACGCAUCAAACGUGACGAUUUGGCUGUACGCUGUCAGGUUGGCGGGGGGGGUGUCCCCGAGGAAGGACAGCACAGGGGCCGAUCCGGCAAUGACGCCGUCAAUCACAUGGGGGUACUUGAUGCGGAACCACGUGCCGAGCAUGCCCCCAUACGACCCGCCAAACCCAAUGACGGCGCUCUUGGUCACGUUCCUUGCCGCCUUGAUCUCGCGCAACAAGACCGCGUAGUCCGCGAGCGCUUGCUCCGACGACAAAUGUUGCAAAUGUUUGGACGCGUCGGCGCCGUACGGGACGGACUUGCCAAAGAAUCGGUGCUCGGCAAACACGAGGAGCGCGCCAAACUCGGCCGCAUUCUCCCACAUGAGGCCCGUGUGGUUCAAAUACAACUCGACGUCGGCUUCGUUGCCCACGUAAAAAAAGAUGGGCGCGCCGUCGCCGUGCCAGAAUUCCGAGCACACAAAGUACCGUUGGCUGUACGUGUCCGGGAUCGCUUCAAAAUGGUUGAGCGUUUGCGUCAUGUACAAUUCCGAGCACCGCUUGCGCAAGUCGCCCGAAAACGCCGUGGCAUUCGACGACGGCGGCGACGGUCCGUGGGUCGUGUGCUGGUUGACCGUGACCACCGAGCACACAAAGAUGCCGGCAAACACAAACGCAACGCCCAGAAGCGCCUUGAACGAUCGGGCAGGCGGCGCCACCGUCGACUGCGUCGACGUCAGCAACGGCACACCUUCCAUCCUGCACGUGGCAAAUGCAACUUUGCAUCGUCGCGAUCUUGCGCACGUCGUUGUCGACCUUGCCCUACUCAAACUUCAACGAGACAGUGCAAGGUGCGACUCGUGAGGAUGGAAAAGUAGCGUCGUCGGGUCGGCGAAAUCCCCAAAGGUGUGGCAUGGUCGUUGCCGGAUGCAGCGAGGGAUACAAUCUGCGGCGAGGGGCGAGGCUGGCCCGUUCGUUCACGCCGCCGGCGACUCCAUGUGGGGGCUGCCCCUCGACCUAUGGUAUGAUCGCUCCCAACCCUCUGUCCGGUUCAUGCCGACGAUGCAACCACAACGUUUGCGCACCGGCGUGUCCUUGGUGCGUCAACCACCCACUUGUGUUGGGACCAGUGCGCGACGAACCGGUCGCGUCCUCGGUCGAGAGCGAACCUGCGUCCCGAGCGUCCCCGAAAAAAGCCGCUCUCGAUUCAUGCAUCGAGGCGGAAUAAAAUCCAUUUUAUUAAAAAUUACG